AUGGGUCUCAUCACCAAAACCAAGUCUGCGCCGCGCGCCGAGUCUGGCUCAUCCGGCKGCGGYGUCAAGUAUAUAUGUAAUGUAUGCAGCAACGACAUCACCGCGACCGUGCGCAUCCGAUGCGCGAGUAAAAGUUGCCCAGACUACGAUCUCUGCGUGCCUUGCUUCUCGAGAGGCGCGGCCAACCUUCAUCACGACCCACGAUCACAUCCCUACCAGGUCAUCGAGCCACACAGUAUACCCAUAUUCGACGAGGGUUGGGGUGCAGAUGAGGAACUGUUAUUGCUGGAGGGUGCGGAGCAGUAUGGGUUGGGGAGUUUUGCGGACAUUGCAGACCACAUAGGAGGUUAUCGUGAGAAGGAUGAGGUACGAGAUCACUACGUGGAGACAUAUAUCAACUCUUCCAAUUUCCCUCUCCCAGAGCGGGCGGACCCGCGGGACACAAGAUUGAGUGAUGAGGUGCCGAGGGAGGAGUUCCAACAACGGAAGAAGCGGAGGAUCGAAGAGCGGAAGCAAGCCAUUGCGGACAAUCAAGGGAAGCCCACGGAACCUGCCAAGCCAACAUCAUCAGUACCCAGUUGUCACGAGGUUGCUGGGUUCAUGCCAGGUCGCUUGGAGUUCGAGAAUGAGUACUUUAAUGAAGCCGAAGAAGCAGUCCAGCACAUGCAGUUCUCCCCAGAAGAAGGUGUCAACCCUACCACAGGCGCCUACGAUGCAGAGACCGAGCUUAAGAUGGWCGUGAUGAAGAUCUACAACGAUCGCCUGACCCAGCRAACAGAUCGCAAACGGGUCAUCUUCAACCACAAAUUACUGGAUUAUCGGAAAAACACUGCAAUCGACAAGAAGCGUACCAAGGAGCAGCGGGACCUGCAUCACAAGCUCAAGCCGUUUGCAAGAAUAAUGUCUCACCCAGAUUGGGUUGCAUGGUCGGAGGAUCUGGAAAAGGAACAAAGUCUCAGACAGGCCAUCACUCAACUACAAGAGUGGCGACGAAUGCGCAUCUCCACUCUCGCACACGGUGAAAAGUACGAAGCUGAAAAGGCUGCUCGCAUGGCACGCACUGUCACGCAAGCCGGACAGUUCGAUCGCCUAAGCAACGGCGUCCGACCAAAACCUCAAGCAAAUACAGCACCUGAGGUAUCCGAUACUGUUGUCAAGUUCACCACCAAAUCUGAUCUGCCAGUCCGCCUCCAUCCCGAAGUCCCUGCCAGCAUUGUCUCUCCUGUACGACCUCCCCUGCAACCAAUUCCUAAUCUUGCUCCAGCACCAUGGGAUGAAUCCAAUGCAUCUGACCUCCAACUGCUGGAUCCUGCGGAGACGGAACUGUGCAAGCUGCUGAGACUCCAUCCCAAAACAUACUUAUGCAUCAAAGAUGCCGUCUUCAAGGAAGCGAUACGCUGCGAGGGGAAACUUAAGAAGAAGAACGUUAGAGAGAUCAGCAAAAUCGACACGACUAAGGGUGGCAGAUUAUUUGAGUUCUUCGUUGAGAUGGGAUGGUUGGGGAAUGCGGCCAAGUCAUGA